AUGGGCCUCUUCGAUUUACCGGAGGUGCCCUAUUCAGAGCCAGUCCUGCCUCCCCCAGAGCCGCCCUCGUCCCCUCCGUCUAUUUCCUCCGAUGCUGGUGGCCGCCGCAGAGCCAGAAAGCCACCGACGGUCACACCUCGAUCAUUCCGCCGAUUCUUUACCCCACGCUCUCUCCUGCCUAUCGCAGAUAAUUCGACUACUCCGUCUACCAGUCGUCAGGCCUUACGGGCUCUAACUUCGCCUGCCGUCAACCGCCUGGGCCCAGCAUUCUCGAGAACUUCCAAGGCUGGUAGCACCAGAAGCCCCCACGAUGGCUUACCGGAAGACUUCAUUCGUACUCCGAGCAGGAAGCGGAAAAACUCGUUCUCUUCUGCCAUUUCCCCUCUACAAUCCUCGCCGCUGAAGAGAGUUCGUGUCCGGUCACCGACAGGCGAAGUGGAAAAUGAUAUGACAAUUCGAGAUAUCAAUCUCCGCCAUAGGGAAGCUACUCUGCCGAGUCCACCAAAACAAUCCAAACCGGUGGCUCCUGUGCGUCGGUCGAAGGCAUUGCAAGCCUCUGGCGCAUUGUUCAUGCGAACUGUGAUGGGCUCUAGAGCAAACAGGACGACUCUGCGAUCCAACUAUGGCGCUGGAUGGCAAGAUCUUACGUCCGACUUUUAUUCUCAAAGCCAAGACCGUCACACAUGUUCUAGCUAUGCAUCAGACGGACUGGCCUUGCCCUUCUGCAAUGCUUCAUGCAACACAAACUCGCUCGUCGCGGUUGGCGACGAAGAGGGUGGCAUUCGACUACUAGACUCCUCAAUUGACGAAGACGCCGGCUUCACUGAUGCAUAUCUCGGUUUCCGUCCGCACAUGAACUCGAUCAUGGAUCUCGAAUUCUCAUCUGAUGACAUGCUACUGGCCACGGCAUCAGGCGACCAAACGUCUCUUAUUAUCGAUAUGACAACACAACGACCCAUCCAUUGCCUAUCGAAUCACUCUUCGUCCGUCAAGCGCAUCCAAUUCCAACCAGCCUCCAACAACAAAGUUCUUGCUACAUGCAGUCGAGACGGAAAUGUCAACAUUUGGGAUCUUCGUUGCAAAGGGUUUGAACGACCUGCAUUGCAAGUCCAAUGCUCUCUGUCCGAAGCCGAGAACCCCUCGACUACCGCACCGCCAAAAAUGCUAUACCCGCAUGUUCUCAACACCAUUGGAGGGGCCCAUGCCUACACAACUUUUCAGAAACCUGCAAUGGACAAAAAUGAAGUACCGCCCUUUGGCCGGACCGACAUCACCGUGACCUCGCUCGCUUUCCUGGCUCCUGGACGUGAAAAUCUUUUCGUUACAGCCUCCGAGGCCAGUGCAAGUGUGAGAUUAUGGGAUUUGCGAACCGCACAUAAUAACCGCCGUGGUCGACCUGUGAUUCCGCUAUCUACAACACAGGAACCGGAAAGCCACGUUAAAUAUCGACGCUUCGGUCUUACUUCCAUGGCAUUUGGCGGUGAUGGUGCACGGCUGUAUACUCUUUGCCGAGACAACACGGUAUACACGUACUCAACCUCGCACUUGAUCCUCGGAAACGCUCCUGAACUUUCGGUCAAUAACAACCGCCCACGUCGGACUGGAGGCUCUGACAAGGAUGGCCUUGGUCCUCUAUACGGGUUCCGUCACCCUCGUCUCCAGGUCUCUACCUUCUACGUGAAGCUGGCCGUCCGCAAAGCGACUGCCGAUCACCCGGAGAUACUAGCCACUGGAAGCAGUGACUUCUGUCCAAUUCUAUUCCCCACCGAUGAACGAUACUUCAAUCCCCCUGUGCAAACACCCCCGAAAGUCCGCCAACCCGGACACACCAUUCCGAUCCACCAAUCCGGUACCCCUCUUAUUGAAGGCCACCAGAAGGAAGUCACCGGCAUGUCAUGGACUCAAUCUGGUGAACUUAUUACUGUGAGUGACGACUACACUGCUCGCUGCUGGCGUGAAGGACCUGAGGCUCGUGAGCUUCGAAACGGCGGUGAAUCCGAGGGCAAGCGCUGGCAGUGUGGUUGGGCUGAUAUGAAAGACUCUUACAACGACAAAGACGACUGA